AUGUCCGCUUCCUCUCCUCAAAAGGACGUGUUUGAUUCGGUGUUACCCAAAGUCUUACAGACAAUUCGUGCUGCUUCAGCUUUGGGUGCACAAGAUGUCAAUUUUUAUAAGUCCAUCGACUCUGCAUUAUCUAGUGAGCUUGAUGACUCCGCUAGAAACGUUAUGGAAUUAACUAAGAAGGUGAUACAGGUAUCUGGUGAUGACAACAGUGACAAUAUCUUGAGAUUUGGAAAGGACAACAUCUCUGGAGAAGCUAACUGGAAACCUUUGGGAGAUGUUUUGGAUGCAGUGUUCGAGAAGAUUGAUAUUGCAUUCUCCAAUGCACAAAAGAAGUCCAAGCCAGCUGCUGAUAAACAACAAUUUACUUACUUGGAAGAUGGGAAUGAUACUACUGCUUCUGCAACAACAAAGAAGAUUGAAAAGCCUCAGCUUGAAUUUAAAAUUUCCGUGGAUAACUCCGAAUCUACGCCUUUCAAGCCUAAGAUAACCUCAAAACCCCAUAGUUUGACUCCAUAUGAGGAAUCUGUUAAAAUAAGAAAUCCAGAACCAAUCUAUGAGGACUCUGUUGAAAUUAUAGAUCCUCCAUACUAUCCUCAUCCUUAUGAAUACGAAAUAGAUCAUCAACCUUAUCCUGAGUCGAUCCUUGAGAAAGCAGACCCCAUUCCUUCUAAAGACUGGAAUACUACUUCUGCAAUCUGGGUGAAUACUCCUAAAGCUUUAGAAGAAAUGAUUGAUCAAUUGUCAUCCCUGACUGAAAUUGCAGUCGACUUGGAGCAUCAUGAUUUCAGAACCUAUUACGGGAUAGUAUGUCUCAUGCAAAUUUCCAACAGAGAAAAUGAUUGGAUAGUUGACACAUUAGCAUUAAGGGAUGACUUGGAACCAUUGAACCAAAUAUUCGCCAACCCAAGUAUAGUAAAGGUCUUUCACGGUGCCUUCAUGGAUAUCAUUUGGUUACAAAGAGACUUGGGUUUAUACGUUGUUUCUUUGUUUGAUACCUACCAUGCCUCCAGAGCCUUAGGAUUCCCUAAAUUUUCCUUAGCCUACCUUUUAGAAACGUACGCAAGUUUUAAAACUUCCAAAAAGUAUCAAUUAGCUGAUUGGAGAAUAAGGCCUCUCAUUCCAGCAAUGAUGGCGUAUGCAAGAUCUGAUACUCAUUUCUUGUUAAACAUUUUUGACCAGUUAAGGAAUAAGCUUGUUGAUGCUGGUGAUGAAAAAUUGCAAAAGGUUCUUUAUGAUUCCAGACAAGUGGCCAAGAGAAGGUUCGAAUACACUAAGUUCAGGCCGUUAUCUUCGGCUCCUGCUUCCAGUAAAGUUUCUUGUCCAGUUAUGUCUAAUAAUCCAAAAGAACCGUAUGCUUCACUCAUUUAUCAAUACAAUAUACCUCAUCACAAGAAACCAAUAGUGGAAAUGUUAUACAAUUGGAGGGACUUGAAGGCCAAGAAAGAAGAUGAGUCUGUAAGAUUCAUUAUGCCCAACCAGUUAUUGGUGAAUUUGGCUAAUUUAAGCCAGCCAAUCGAUGCACAAAAGGUUCUUGGAGCCUCCAACUUUGUCACUGAGCAUGUUAGAUUGAAUGCUAGAGAUUUGGCAGAAUUAUUACAAGCUUCUAUCAAGGACUCCGAAGAUAAGGAUUGGGAUUUGGUUGAUCAGUGGAGGGAAGUCACCAAUGAACCCGAAAACUUUGAUAAUAUCGACAACAUUAAAGCAUUGGCUACUUUGGAUAAGUUUGAUAAGUUGAAGGAAGCUAAUGCCAAUUUGUUGAACGCAACUGUCACUAGCUCAUUAUUGAAACACUCCAACAUUUUUAAUAGUAUCCUCAUUGAAAAGUCGAUUGUUACUCAGGAAUUUGAUCCAGAGAAGGAUACUGUCAUUAAGCACGACUUCACAAAGGAAUACGAACAAAGAUUGGCAACUGCCAAGGAGGGCCUUGAAGAGGUGGAGAAAUUACAAGCCUUAGUUCCAGAACAUGAGGCAGUCGAAGAAGUGGACGAAGAAGUGACUACGGUCCCUCAAGAACAGGUUAAGGAGGAAACUCCUGAAGAAUCAGCUCCUGUCAAAUCGGAUCCUAAUGAAAUUAUCACCAUAAAGAACAAGAAGAAUUUCAACAAAAAGACUUUCCAAAAGGGUACUCCUGAAACUGAUGAGGCUCCACUCGACUAUGCUAAUGCAGACAAGAUCAUGCUCGAAAAACAGCGUAAGGGUAGAGACCAAAAGAAGAAGAAGAGAGCAUUCGAUCCAUAUGGCAAGGAAAGCGAAGGUCCACAGCCUUCCAAGAAGGCCAGAAGAGUCAAUAUGGGAAAGACUUCCACCUUUACCAAGAAGAGGUAACAUUCUCUGUCUAUAGAUUGCUCAUAAGCACAUGUACAUUAGAAC